AUGUCCGCCAUGAAAAAACGAAAGGAGCACGUCUCCAGUGACGAGAGUACUCACCUUACCAUAUCUUCAAAGGAUGGGUUAGGAGACAACUCUGGUACGUUGCCAAUUGAUCUCAUGUUCCAAAUACUCUCCAGACUACCUGCGAAAUCCGCUGCGAGGUUUCGUUGCGUGUCAAAGAACUGGAACUCUCUUUACCAUAACCCAUAUUUCACCAACAUGUUCCUGAAGCGGUCUUCUGCUCGGCUAUGUCUCCUUUUAACUUUUCAAGCUGAGGGUAAGUGGUCUUUCUUCUCAUCACCUGGACACAACAAUUCUAAUAUUGUAGUUGUCAAUAGACAUAUGAGUAUCCCUAAAGAUUACACCUUUCGAGUUUGUGUCCCUGUUUGUGGAUUGCUGUGUACGAAAGAUGAGUGGGUUUUAAGUGGUAGGAAGGACGCAAGGAUGAUGAUAUGCAACCCUAGCACAUGACAGUUCAAAUCUUUACCCAAAGUGAGAUCGAGGAGGCGUCAUGUUAUAACCUAUGUAGGAUAUGAUCCAAUAGAACAACAAUAUAAAGUAUUGUGCAUGACAAUUCGUGGAAGUCCCUUUGUUAAAGUAGAAGAGUAUCAAGUUCUCACACUUGGAACUGGCGAACUGAAAUGGAGAAUGCUUGUAUGUUCAGUACACCAUUACCCUUAUCCUGAGGAGAUUUGCAUCGAAGGGAUAUUAUAUUACUUAGCUACAGAUCAUGAGUCUAGAAACAUUAUGUUGGUUUGCUUUAAUGUUAAGCAGGAGAAGUUCAACUUUAUCAAGAACAAAGAUUUUGGGUUUCCGACAACUUUAAUAAAUUACAAGGGUAAAUUAGGAGGAAUUUGUCGUGAUCGUGAAUCAAAUUUUUUUAUGGAUGGAAGAGUUGAAAGCUUUGAGUUAUGGGUUAUAGAUGACAUUGAAGAACAGACAUGGUCAAGGCAUGUUCACAUACUGCCACCAAUGUGGAAGGGGCUAGUUGCGGAGACUAAAGUUUACGUUGUUGGGAUGAUUAAUGGAACAAGUGAAGUUGUGUUUUCUCCGAACGUCUUGUCUGAUCCGUUCUACAUAUUUCACUUGGAUAUGGAGAGGAACUCUAUCAAAAGAGUUGGAAUUCAAGGGCUUGGACCUAUUAUAGGUCAAAACAUUUACAUCUUCUUAAACCAUGUUGAGAACGUGAAUCUUAUUAUGUAA